UAUAAACCCAUCGAGGGCAUCCAUGUAUAAGUAUAACCCAAUAACUUCGUUCCUUCUUUGCCUUCAAUAUUUCAUCACCUUUGAUUCACUUAUAUCUAUAUAUCCCUCCCAUCAAAACAGUUCUCCAGGCGUCAAUGGCUACGCAUAGUCAGCGAUACUUACGAGGUUCCUUCCUCCACCUCCUAUUAUUAUCAGUAACCUUCUCCUGCUCAUACGCCGACGUGGGAACCGCAGCCCAGUACAAUCCUCCAUAUUUACCAACUGCUUGUUUUGGAAGCGAAGAAUCGCAAUUUCCAACGAACGAUUUAUUCGCAGCGGCCGGGGAGGGGAUUUGGGACAACGGUGCAUCUUGUGGAAGGCAAUAUUUGGUGAGGUGCAUCAGUGCAUCAAAUCCUACAACUUGUUUUCCAGAACAGACCAUUCAAAUCCGGAUUGUGGAUCGUGCAGAAACGGCGUCGUCUAGGCCGACGAGGGCCGGCGCCACAAUUGUCCUGUCCAAUGCUGCUUAUAGUGCAAUAGCUGAUCCUUCAGCGGCUACAGUUAACAUUGAAUUCCAACAGGUAUGAUGAAGUUGACAUUGUCUCUAGAAGCAAGUCGAUGAUUCAUUUGGGUUGGCUUAUUCAUCGACAUUGAUUGAAUGGAUAUGUAUUUUAUAUCAGCUUUUGUUUAUUUAUUAUUAAUGUAUAUAUUGAAUGAGUAGCAAAAUAAUAGUCCAACUCUCACAUCCUUCUAGAA